UGAAAGGGAUGUAUUUUUAGGAGAGAUUAAUAUGUGGAAAAUUCCCACUGACUGUGAGAAGAAGAAGAAAAUGACAAGUGGGCACUUUUGAUCAAUUGUGGGCACUAUUUUUCCUUUAGUCCAACACUGGGUGCAGAAAUUCGAAAACUCACAAGUAGACGGUUCCAAAAAUGAGCAGGAAAAUAUACUAUCCCGCAACGGACAGGAACAAGACGCCCAUCCUACAAAGCCUACUGAAAUACUUCGACAGAUUGAAGCGGGGCAGCGUAUUGGAGAUCUCUUCCGGAACAGGCCAACACGUAGUGCACUUCGCCAACAGUUUUCCCAUGCUGACUUUCCAACCGUCCGAAAACGAGCCAUACUUGCUGGACAGCAUCCGAGAGUACGUAUCCGAUACCUCUGCAACAAACAUCAAACAGCCUUUAUUGAUAGACGUGAGAGAUAACUGGACAAAGUGGAACGUUCCGAGGGGUUUCGACUACGCCAUCAACAUCAACAUGAUGCACGUGGCGCCUUUCGAGUGCUCUGUGGGGUUGUUUAAAAACGUUAGUGAGGUGUUGAAGCCCGGGGGUUUGCUAGUUACUUAUGGACCGUAUGCGAAUGGGGGUGUGCUGGAACCAAAGUCCAACAGGGAUUUUGACAGGAGCAUUCGGCAGCAGAAUCCGGAGUACGGAGUGAGAGACAUUUGCGAUUUGGUUAAAGUUGCAGAGCAGUAUCGCAUCAAACUUUCUGAUAUCGAUGAAAUGCCGGCUAAUAAUAAGCUGUUGGUUUGGCAGAAGUUAGGACAGGAUGAAUAAAUUGGGAAACAACUUUGUAUUCAAUAUUGAGAUAGGUUUGGAUGAGCCAACAUGAUAUAUGUAUUCAGAUCUGAUUUAGAAUAUAUUUAUCAGAAAGUA